UAUUUUUUCAUCACUCGCAGAGUAAUGCCUCAUGCCAUGGUCUGUAGACUAGUAGUAGUGCUGGUACACCGUACUGACAAGUAUUAUGGUUACCGGUAUGCGGCAUUUGCUGGUCCAAGCUGAAGUCCAUUCGAUUCAUAUCGCCCUGAACUCAAGUCACUACACUCUCUGUCGGUACUUGUGCAGGUUCUGAUGUUUCGAUUCUAAUAACUUAUUCUUACCGGUACCUCUCCGAAGAUGUCCUCCCCCAAACCGGACGGUACUUCACACGUGAGUGCGCCAGAUACUGCGACUGGUGCGCAGGAUUCGCGUACAACUUCAAGCGGAGACAGCCGCUCAGUUUCGGUGACCGGGGAUUCGUUAGACAAACCUGUCCCGGUCACCACUGUAGAUCGAACAGUCACUGCCAGUGCUACAGACCAACAUGUGCCCGUCACGUCCACAGAUCAGCCAGCACUGGCCAGUACUCCGGAUCAGGUUGUCCCCAUCGUCGCCGAUAGUGUCCCGAUGUCACUACGGACCCGCAGCACACUGGACAUCCUCUCUUUGGCCUGCAGUCUGCCCCAUGUCAAUCAUGUCUUUGAGAAACUGCCGCAGCUCGAGAACAGACAGGCACACACACUUGCAGUCACCCUGCUCAGCCGUUACAAGGAACAGGGAGAACAAUACACGUCAUUGCUGAAUGACAUUGCAGCUGGCAAGGUGGUGGACCCACGAGACCGAGCACUGACCUUUGCCCUAAGCGGUGGAACUUACGGGGUAGUGCAACAAGGCACGAGAAAUACGGUCAACGUUGACGGAAACCUUGGUGCAGGAUGAAGACGUGUCCAUUAUGCAGCAAGGCGUCGACAACACACUCAA